GCCGCCGGCCCGCGAGCCAGUCUCGGUCUCCGCGGCCCGCCGAGGCUCAGAGUCAUCCAGCGACCCGGCGAACGGCCUCAGGCCCUGCCAUGGGGAAGACCAACAGCAAGCUGGCCCCAGAGGUGCUGGAAGACCUGGUUCAAAACACCGAGUUCAGUGAGCAGGAGCUGAAGCAGUGGUACAAGGGCUUCCUGAAGGACUGCCCCAGCGGCAUCCUCAACCUGGAGGAGUUCCAGCAGCUCUACAUCAAGUUCUUCCCCUACGGCGACGCCUCCAAGUUUGCGCAGCACGCUUUCCGCACCUUCGACAAGAACGGCGACGGCACCAUCGACUUCCGGGAGUUCAUCUGCGCCCUUUCGGUCACCUCCCGCGGCAGCUUCGAGCAGAAACUCAACUGGGCCUUUGAGAUGUACGACCUGGACGGCGACGGGCGCAUCACGCGCCUCGAGAUGCUGGAGAUCAUCGAGGCUAUCUACAAGAUGGUGGGCACCGUGAUCAUGAUGCGCAUGAACCAGGACGGGCUCACGCCCCAGCAGCGUGUGGACAAGAUCUUCAAGAAGAUGGACCAGGAUAAGGACGACCAGAUUACACUGGAGGAGUUCAAGGAGGCGGCCAAGAGUGACCCGUCCAUUGUGCUGCUGCUGCAGUGUGACAUGCAGAAGUAGAGGCUGGUGAGGGGCAGGGCCCCUGGCCAGGAGGGGCGUGGCCACCUCCCAACCCAGUGACCUCUGGCUGGCCCUUCCCCAAGGGGAGGGGGACUCCAGCCUCACUCUCUGGCCCACCCACCCCUCUGCCCAAGUCCUUGCUCCCCUCAGUCAAGAUUCUUGAGGGACCACCUGACUCUGGAAUAGAGACAGAUCCUCAGGUACCCUAUGGUCUAGCCCCAGCCCCAGUCUUGGCCCAGAAUCAACAUCCACUGGGCAUAGGGGAGUUGGUUUUUGCCCCAGGGUUCAGGGUGAAGGAGGGGGGCUGGGUUCUGCUUUGAAAUUCUGUUCUUCCUGGGAUUGUGCUGUAUAGGAUGUGGUCCCACAGACUCCAGUUAAAGGGCCAAAUUGGGUCUGUCCUUUGCUGAGGACCCAGAUCCCUUAAAGGUGGUCUGUGUCCUGCCCCCACAUGUCUACCUGGCCCUUCUGGCCCCAGCCUUUGGAGUGUUCAUUCAGUCCUUUCUUCAGCUAACAUUUAUUGAGCACCUGUUCAGUGCCAGGCACCUCUAGGUGCUAAGGCUAUGGUAGUUUACAAGACUCAUUCUGUGCCCUCUGGCAGUUCGUAGGGUAGUUAGUGGUCAGGGUCUCAGACAGGGAUGUUGAGCACAGGUGAGCCGAGGGUGCGGUGAGGCUGGUUAGUUUGAGAGGAACUAUUAAAUCUUUCUGCUCAGCGCCACACAGAGCUGCAGAAGGGUGAAAUGAAAAGUGUUUGGAAGUCUAGGAACCGUGUCAGGGGAAAUUUUAAGAAAAAUUGAAAUUUAUGUAAUACUUAUAUUUUUAGUACCCUUUAA